AUGAAUCAAGUAAAACUGCAUCAUGACAGAGGACAUUUCUUCGUCUUCAUCACCAUGUUGACUCUGCUGAGCUCGGGCCAAGCCUUACCGAGGACGGACCCUCCCCUUCGUUCUGAUCAACCCUUCCUUUUUAUGUGGAAUGCCCCAACUGAGCUGUGUGACAGCCGCUUUGGCAUGCCCCUCGAUCUCUCCUACUUCCACUUAGUCAGCAGCACGCUGAAAACUGCGACCAACCAGAGUAUCUCCAUAUUCUACACCGACCGCUUCGGCCUCUUCCCGUACGUGGACGAAGACACUGGUAAGAUUUACGAUCAGGGUCUACCACAGCUGAUAGACAUGAAUCAGCACCAUGAGCUGGCCGAGGACGACAUAGAGCUCUAUAUUCCUUCUAACCAGCCAGGUCUUGCUGUGCUUGACUUUGAGGAGUGGAGGCCACAGUGGGCUAGAAACUGGGGCAGUAAAGACAUCUACAGAGAGAUUUCCAUAGAAACGGUCAAGAAAAAAAAUGCGUCAUUGUCUGACGAUGAGGCGGAGGAUCGGGCGAAGAUCGUGUUUGAGCGUGGAGCAAAGAGGUACUUCCUCCGCUCCAUCGGCAUUGCAAAGAGGCUGAGGCCCAACAGACUCUGGGGUUACUACUUGUACCCUGACUGCUACAACUAUGACUACAACCAGGACAUGGCGGGCUACACUGGAGAGUGCCCCGCCAUCGAGAAGGACAGGAACAAUGAGCUGCUGUGGCUGUGGAAAGAUUCCACAGCGCUCUUUCCAUCCAUCUAUCUGGAGCUGGUGCUCAGAGACUCCCAGCAGGCUCGGCUGUAUGUCCGCCAUCGAAUCCAUGAAGCCAUCAGGGUGUCAACACUCCCCAACAGUUCCUACUCCAUCCCUGUAUAUGCCUACAUCCGCCCUGUGUACAAGGACAGCACUGAUGACUACAUGUCAGAGUUUGAUCUGGUCAACACUAUUGGAGAAGCUGCCGCUCUUGGUGCUGCUGGCGUUGUUUCCUGGGGAGACAUGAACGUCACAGCUUCAGAGGACUCCUGCUUUGAUGCUCGACGCCACCUUGAGCAGGUCAUGAACCCGUACAUCCUGAAUGUCUCGACGGCAACACGGCUCUGCAGCAGAGCGCUCUGCCAGGGCCGAGGUCGCUGUGUGCGGAAGCGCUGGGACGACGAUGUCUUCCUCCACCUCGACCCGCGGCGUUACCGUAUCCAGCGGCAGCGGCGCACUGGCCCACUCACUGUGAGCGGCGGCCUCUCGCAGGAUGACAUCAACUGGUUUGACCGCAGCUUUGACUGCAUGUGCUACAGCGAGAAGCCGUGCAGAUCAGUCAUGACCUUCAAUAUCAUCCAAGAGGCCGUCAUCACCGCGGGCAAUCGAGGCGCUGACAGGCCCCGCCCCCUCCUUCUGGUUGUGAUUUUACUCUUUCUGAAGUGUGUUGUGAUGUGA